AUGUCGUUGCCGCGAAUAUUGUCAAAAGAUUUCUUCACACAGUUGGCAGAAGCAGUGACUACGGCGAAUGAGAAGUACUUCCAAGAAGUCCACGAAUGCCAAGUGCCAGUAAAGCUUCUCUGCCUAGAACAGUCGUGUAUAGCAGACAACAAAUACCUAAUAGAAACAAUAGAUGGGACAGUGCCAUACGCGUACAAACAUACGUGCUUGGCACUAGUUCCACCUUCACCGGACGGAGAUCGACAACUGAUAGGGAAAAUAAUCAGUUUUAACCAAUACAAGAUAGCAAGAACGAGAUCGAGAUAUUUGGUAGUGUUGACGAGGAUUUCGGUGGUUCCAGGCGACUACAGACACCUAAUAGGAAACCUGAUUCCUACACUGGUGUAUCACCCAGGACUCGGAAUUGAGCAAGACGAAAGCUACAAAAGCCCAAAGAAGGAAGAGAACACGAAGGAGUCAGGUCCAGUGAGGAAGCAGGAGAACGUGAGAUCAGUGAAGACGAUCUCAAACCCAUACGAGCCGCCGAAAAACGUGAAGAAAAAGCUCGAAAUACCGCCGACUAAAAUCUCGGACCUGACGCUGUACACACCGAAGUGGCUGAUAAGAGCAAGAGUGGCGUACAAGUCGGACAUAAGGAAGUUCAACAACCAGAGAGGAGAAAGUCAGCUGUUCUCAGUGGAUCUGUGCGACUCGAACGGAGAGAUCAGAGCAACGUUCUUCGGAGAGUCGGUGAACAAGUGGUACACGUUCCUGGAGGAAGGCCAGGUGUACUCGAUCAGCGGAGGACAGCUGAAGCCUGCGAACAAGAAGUUCAAUAGCCUGAGGCACUCGUGCGAGCUGGUGCUGGACGAACACUGCCACAUACAGCUCUUCCAGAACGACGACACAAUACCGUCCUUCUGCUUCUCGUUCACGCCGCUGGACCAAAUACAGAACCUGAAGGUGGGAGAACAAAUAGACGUUAUUGGAGUGGUGGUGACGGCAAAAGAUUUGCAGACGGUGCAAGUGAAGUCCACGGGGAAGGCGCUGGAAAAGAGAGACUUCCUGAUCUGCGACUCUACGAAGUCGAGCAUUUGGCUGACGAGCUGGGGGCCGAAGAUAAGGAACUUCAACUACGAAGGCCCGGACUCGCACCCGCUGGUGUGCCUCAAAGGAGUAAAAGUGAUAGAGUGGCAAGGAAAAAAGUUGGAUGUGAUGGGAUCGACGCAAGUAAUAUUUGAGCCAGUGAUACAAGAAGCACUGGAGCUGAGAAAGUGGUGGAACGAGAACUCGCACACCUUGAAUUUUGGAACGGAAACGAGUAGAGGAUCGAGUUCGAAAGUGUUUAACCAAAUGAGCUCACUGGCAGAAAUCAUAUCAGCAACGAAUCAAGCGCUGCAGUUCAAGUCAAUUGACUCAAACGGAAUGAUAUUCACAACGAGAGCAUUGAUAGAAGUGCUAAAGGACGGAACGUUCUCGUGGCCAUCGUGCCCAGGGUGCCGCAAGAGGAUGAACAACGACGACGGAUGGUACUGUCCGAGAUGCGAAAACAGAGGAACCCCAACGCACAUGUACAUGCUGACGCUGAAAAUAGUGGACGAGACGUCACACAUGUGGGUGACAGCAAUGACGGAUGUCGGAGAGGAUGUGCAGUCGAUAAUGGGAACGAAGGCAUAUAACCUAGUGAAGCUCAUGGAAAAUGGAGGAACGGACGAAACGGGGAAGAAUUUUGCAAACUAUUUUGAAGAAGUGAGACUAACAGAAUACGUAUUUAAAAUCAAAGCAACGGUGGAAAAUUUCAUGGAUGAACCAAGAUUAAAAUAUGUAAGAACCAAUAUAAACAGGAAUAGAUUAAGCAGUAACUAUAGUAUAGCAGUAACAUUGGCAUUGGUAGAAACAGCUAUACUGAAAAUACUAAAGGCAAUACCACUGGAAAAAGAAGUGGAGUUCGCAAUCACAGAUAGAGUGGAGAGAAUCAAAAAAAUUAUGACGGAAGAGUAG